AAACUAGAGUGUCACUGGGUCCCCUGCACCCUGCUUGGGAGCAGGACGCUGCUGUUGCCAUUGGAAUUAGAUGUGGGAUGGCAGGUGGGGGCAGAGGGGGGACAUGCUGCUGUUGCCGUGGAAAUGGGAUGUGGGGAAGGAGGGGGAUGCUGUGGUUGUCAUGGGAAUGGAAUGGGGGGAUUUGUUUCCCUGGCCAGGGCCAGGGCCCUGCAGCUGCCCAGCCCACCAUGGAGCUUCUCAUCCCCUUUCAUUUCAGCACCAUCAUCUACCUCAGCUCACUUGUCUCCUUCCUGUGCGGCUGGCUGGCUCUGCACAUCGCGCUGCUGUUCCUCAGCUCCACCUCCAUCCUCUUCCUCCUGGCUCUGGUCACCUUGGUCCUGCUCAGCAUAGCUGGCCUGGGGCUUCUCCAGAUAGCAGUGGCCAGGCAGGACAAGGUGAAGAAGGUGCUCAUCAGCACAGCGAGACAGCGCUGCCGGUGCGGGUGCCACCAUCAGAGCCAGUCACAGGUCCUCUGCUGCCCCCACUGCAAGCGCUCCAUGGAGUUUCACCAGUAUUGCCUACGGCCGAAGAAACACACCAGCUCCAACAACAUGUGCUGCGUCUGCCUCUUCGUGAUGGUCACCACGGGCUAUGUCAUGGCGGUCCUACUGUCCUGCUUUAUCUACUUGGUGCCCAUCCCCCUGUGGUCCAUCAACACAGCGACGAUCUGCACCAUCAUGAUGAUCCUUCUUGCGACUGUCUGCCUGAAUCUGAUUAAACCCUGGGUCCCCUGCAUCUUUCAAGCACAGCACACCCUGAGAUGCCAGCCCCUGUCCAGGCUUGGGACGGGCGAUCCUGGGGCCACCAGGGUCUGUGCCCACCCUUCUCCCCCAGUCACCCUUCUCCACACAGGCUGCUACCAUGGCCAAAACCUGGCAGGACGGGCAGGAGCCAACAGCAGAGCCUCUGGCUGCGCUGGACUGUGGGGACACCGAGGAGUGAGAACCUCACACCCAGCUCAGGCUGCAGUCCGGCUGGACAAGCAGAAAAUAAAGAUCUUCACCCUGAGCUUUUGGUGUUCCGCGGUCACUGCUGUCCCAGGACACAGAGGGAUGGACCCUACUCAGUGGGACAGAGGGGCCAGGAUGCUCCCUUUCCCAAGGGACAUUCCACAUUCUGUCCGGUCCCCGUGCCAGGCAGGACCAGCCCCCCAAAAGCAAUGGGGGGAUACCUGGCACCCACCUCUGGGGCAAACCACACUCCACAGGCACCUCACUGUAGGGAUGCCAGCGCUCUGCAUGACCACAGAUGGCCCUGGUACCCCCCACCCUAGGGAUUUAGGGGAGAGGCAGUGUCCCCACCCCAUCGGUGUCCCGUCAGCACCCCGCUGAGUCGCUGGAAGCAGGAGGGUUGCCACAAAUCAAGAGAAAUAAAUAAAACA